AGCAGUAUUACCAACAGAAGCAAUACUAACAGACACUCAAAAACUGUCAUCAAGAUGUAAUUCUUGGGAAAUUUCUGAAAGAUCUCAAAAAAGACAAAAAGUGGUAGCUUCAAUUAUAUUGAGUAAAUCUUUUGAAAAACCUGCAAAUAAAAAAGAUGAAGAUGAUGAAGACAAUGAUCUUUAUAUGUAA